AUGGAGUGCUGUGAGGAAGAGCGUCCCGAUUCUUUCGAAAGUGAUUCAACACCAACAGCUUUAACAUCAGAAGUAACAGGCUUACAAGCUCCCCAAAUUCCUGAAGACAACAUUGGUGAAUCCUUCGCCGACCUGAGGGCCGAAACUGCCAGCAGCGAAGUCACUGAAACUCCUGCCGACCAUGGCACCCAAGCCAAUGUCGAUGGCGGCACCCACGUUGCUGCCAAAACUCCUGAGGAAAAGUUAGUGGAAGGGGGAGCCCGUGAGCCCACCCACGCCCGCCGCCCCGGAGCCCACUCACGCCCCCUCCGGAACCCGUCCCUCCCCACCCCGGGGAAGAAAGGCGGGUUCCCCUCUCUGGUCCUGGCGCGAGUCAGCGGAGGAGCGGAGAUGAGUAAAAGCCAGCAUCAACCUCCUCAGGAACUUGAGAACCAGUUUAUAUUGCGUCUACCUCUGGAGCAUGCAUUUACUGUCAGAAGGAUGAUACAUUCUAGAAGUGUUGCCAUGAAGGAUAAACUAAAAAUUGACUUAUCUUCUGAUGGACGCCAUGCAAUUGUUAAUGUAGAAGAUGUCCCACUGACUGCUAAGCUGGUUGAUUUACCUUGUGUUAUUGGAAGCCUGAAAACUCUUGAUAAAAAAACUUUUUAUAAGACAGCAGAUAUUUCCCAGAUGCUUGUGUGCACUGCUGCUGAUGAUCUCCAGUCUUCUCUGGAAGAACCAGUUACCUCUACUGACCUUAACAUAAUCAUGAAAAAUGAAAAACAGAGAGGGAAAAAAUAUGUCUGGAAGCAUGGAAUUACUCCACCACUUAAGAAUGUCAGAAAGAAAAGGUUCCGCAAAACAACAAAAAAGGUCACUGAUUUCAAACAAAUUGAAGAAAUAAGCUUUCCUGAGUACAUUGAAUCUCCUGAUGUGGAAAAGGAAGUGAAAAGACUACUCUGUUCAGACGCUGAAGCUGUCAGAUGGGAAGUCAUUGCCGAAGAUGAAACCCAGGAAAUAGAAAGUCAAGGCUCUAUUCCAGGCUUUGCAAUGUUCCCAGGAAUAAGUGGCUAUAAGCAGGGUCAUUUUUCAUCAGAAUAUGGUAUACUUCCAGAGAUGUUCAGUGGUUCUGGAAGCAACAGUGAUGAUGAGGAUGAGGAAGAGAAUGAGGAUGAUGAAGAGGAUGAAGAGGAUGAUGAAGAAGAUGACUACAAUGAUGAGGAUGAAGUUGAGAAAGAUUAUUAUGAAGAAGAUCUGGAAAGGGAGCUACAGGCCAAGUUCUUUGCAUCUGGCCAGUAUGAGGCAAAGGAAGGAGCCAGUUCAGCAGUUGGGGAUAUUCAGAAGCAGAUUCAGUACGUGGAGAAAAAGCUUCAAGAGAUUCAACGCAAAGCACAAAGACAGAGAGAUCUCAUAAAGAAAGUGGAAAACCUGGUGCUCAAGAGACAUUUAUGGUCUGUGCUGGAGCAGCUUACGUUACAGGAAAAAGAAAAAAAUGAGCAGCUCAUUUUCCUCCAGGAACAAUUGAAAUCGAUUUUGGAGAAGCAAGAGAGCCUUCAGCCUGGCCCAUGAACCUUGGAUUCACUAUCCAGACUGAAGACUGGAUGAAAUUGUAUGUGUUUCUGUCCCUUUCAUUGCCUUCUGCUGAGUCACUUGUUAUUUGUUUACCUGAAACUUUUUCUGCUAGUCACAUUUGAAGUUGAUAGCUGUGUAGAAAGAGACAGAGUAUAAAAAAGUAGUAGACUUAAAAUUCCAACUCAUUAUGGACCUUCCCUUCUCUUUAUCAAUUUGAGAAUUGCUUAUAUUGCCUCUGUUCUGUUGGUGCCAUCAAAUGAUUCAGCCAUGCUUGCCAAAGACAGAUAGUCUAGCCUAAAGGCCAUACAGCUGGUUUGCAUAUGUUUUCAGUUCCCUUCUUCUAUUUUAAAUAUUUCCUAAACCAUGGAACAAAUCAUUUCUCCCAAAGGCUAGGACCUCCCACAGUGAUUUAAGUGCCUACCUCCCAGCAGUUAACACCACCAGCUUGUGUUCUGUCUCUGUUAAGGUAAUAGGGGCUUCUUUCCUGCUCAGGGACAAUUUCUUGGUGCUGCUGUCUUUGUUCUGUUAUGUUUUUAGGAUUGUGUCUGGUUAUUAUUUGCCAGCUAAGAGAAUAGAUAGAACAGAGAUGAAAUUCUGAGUUGUUAUCUUUAUUCUGAGCCUCUUCAUCCUGACCCCCAUCAUAAAAGGUUAGGAAAAAUCAAAUGUCUAUGAUGCCCACCCUGAGUGGGUUUGGUUUUUUUUUAGCUGUAUUGUUAAAUUUUUCUAGUCUGUGUUCUUUAAGCAAUAAAUAAAUUCUUCAUUUUAAAUGGA